GUAGGUACCCUUCCAGUCUAAGCCUCACUCCCAGUGCUACCCACACAUUCCAAUGUAUUAUUUGGUCGACCUGGCCCUUACUGCAUAGCUACUUUCUAUCCAUCACUAGAUCUUGCUCCGCUUGUGGCAUAAUGAAGACCUUCUCUAAGAGCAGCUUCUUUAUGGAGCGACGGGCCCCCUCGCUCCCAUCACCAGCCGAUAUACGAGCUCUGAAUGUGAAGACUGGAAAUGCCUCUGCCUGGAACUUCAACUCCCCUCCACCUGUCAUGAUCCCAUCUCUAGGACUAGUUGUCAAGUACGGUGCCAGUGUGAGUAUUGUUGAGGCGGAAACUCAAAUGAUGCUGCGCGAGCAACUGCAUGGCCGCGUACCAGUUCCCGAGAUCUUUGGCUGGACCGAGGACGAAGGCCAGACGUUUAUCUACAUGUCCCUGGCAGAAGGGGACACUCUAUCGAAUAGAUGGGAUGACUUGAGUGAUGAUGCGAGGCGAGCUAUUUGCGAAGAACUUAAUGAAUUAGUGAACCUUGUUCGGACGUUGGAACAAGACCCACGAGACAUGUACAUCGGUAGCCUAAGCAAGCGGCCACUGAACGACAUCUUUGUUAUGCACCAUCCGGACCUUACCGGUCCAUUUCUAGGCGGAGAUGCUGUCGAGCAAUUUCAGAAUGCUUGUGGAAUUUAUAUCGACAUCGACACACCUGUGGUCUUCACGCAUAACGAUCUUCUGCCACCUAACAUCAUCAUCUCCCCAGGAGCAAAUCCGAAAGUGGCUGCAAUCAUCGACUGGGCCCAGGCUGGGUGGUAUCCUGCUUACUGGGAAUACUGUAAGGCUCGGUGGAUCAGGGUGAACCCGAGAUACUUCAGCGAUGCCGCGCAGGAUGAUUGGCGCAACAAGUAUCUUCCAAUGAUCCUGGACUCAGUGGACGACGAGACAAUCUACCACCCUUGGCUUUAUUUUGUAUUGUCGAAAGGUAUAUAACUGCGAGCUUUGAGCUCACGCGAUGGUCAUAUAUAUAGAGAGCAAAGAAAGAUAUAAGAGAAG